CUCUGCUCUGCUCUGCUCUGCUCUGCUCUGCUCUGCUCUGCUCUGUUACUGAGCAACAAAUCCCAGCUGGCCUGGCAAGAAGGAGUUCAGCUCUUGGAAAAGGUGAUUCACCUGCACACAGCAGUCACUGCCUGCCCUCACUGCUGAGUUCUUCAUGAAGCCGUUUCUGCUCGUCCUGGCCGGAGUUUCAGUGGUUGGCAUUGUGACUGCAGAGAGAGCAUCAUGUGUGAAACGUGCAGCAUUUUCUUCCACCAACUUUGAGAACAUCCUGACGUGGGAAACAGCAGCAGAAAUUCCCCCUGGCACCGUGUUUGAUGUGCAAUACAAACAGUAUGGAGAGAAAUCCUGGCUGAGCAAGAGGGAGUGCCAGAGCAUCACCCAGCUCUUCUGCAACCUCAGCAGGGAGACUGAGAACUUCAGGGAGCAUUUCUAUGGCAGGGUGAGGGCCAGGGGCUGCUCCUCCAGCUGGGUGCGCUCUGAGAGGUUCGAGCCGCGCAAAGAGACCACCAUAGGAGCCCCCCAGGUGGAGCCCAUCCCUCGUGUGCGCUCCAUCAGGUUCCUGAUCCAGCCCCCCCUGACCCCCCUGCGGGGUGAGGACGGCCAGCAGCUCACUGUGGAGGACAUUUCCAGCAAAUUCGGGGCUGUGGAUUAUCACCUGACCAUCUUCAACCAGAGGACACAGCAGCAGUGGACAAAGAAUGAGCACAGCAAAGAAUUUGAAGUUUCCAACUUGGAGCCAGACACUGAAUACAAUGGGACAGUUUAUAUGUGUCUGCUGCAGAGGAGGAGCAAAGCCCAAGUGUUUUGGGUUAAAACACUGGCAGACAAGACGUGGAUUCUCUAUUGUUUGGUGGCCCUGGCCUUCUGUGCUGGGCUGGUUUUUGCUGCCAGUGCUUAUGUGAUCUACAAAUACAUCAAACAGCACCGUGCCCAGCCCAGGGCCUUGGACUUCAGAGGGAUUCCACCCUUCCAGCCUCUCACACUGACAGUGGAGCACAUCAUAAAACCCCUCAGCUUAUCCAAACCUUCCCUCUCCAUCCCUGAAGUGCAGCUGGCCCAGAUGAGCCAACAUCUGGACUGGGCCCUGCAGCCCCCAGGGCCCUUGGGUGCCUACCAGCAGCAGACAGAUUUUCCAGCCCUGCAGCUGCCCCCUGAGCCCUGCCAGGGGCACAUCCCAGCUCCCAGUGCCUACACCCCUCAGAAGGUUGGGCACAGCAUCCCUGCAGCCCCAAGGAGCAGCCUGGCCCUCACCUAUGGGCUGUGUGUGGAGGGCUCAGAGCACCAGCACAGCUCACAGACGGACCAAGAGCUGCAGGAAGUUUCUGCAGAUUGUUCUGUGGAUGGAAAUCUCCCAAUCCAGGGGUUGGGAAGGAGCUGCAGCCGCUGGGAUUACCAAGAGCAGCAGCCCCUGUGGGACAGCAGCGACAGACUGGAGUCAGUUGUGAUCCAGGGGAGCCCUGGGCAGCCCCAGCUGCUGCUGCAGAGUGAAAUGGGGAAUGCAGAGUGCGUGUCCCAGCUGUCCCUGUCCUUGCUGGAGCAGGGAGGAUGUUACACAGCCCAGGCAGAGCUGCCCCUGCUGCUGGCUGCAGGGAAAGCUGCCCCAGGCUGUGCUGCAGAGCAGGAACUGCUGGCACCGCUGCUGCUGUCGGUCAGGACUGGGAAUCCACCUGCAGAGCAGCACUGGGUGCUGCCAGAGCCGUUCCCACACAAAGUGCAGCUCCCAGAGGCUGCAGCCAUGCAGAUGUUGCCUGCAGGGAAGGAGCUGAGCUGCACAGAGCUGAGCCUGCCCCCAGCCCAGCACACACACACCCCCCUCAGCCUGCUCUUCAAAGACUUGGACUUGAAAGUGCAGUGGGAUGAGGAGGACAGCACAGAAUGUUAUUAGGGUGACUUAAUGGUGUUAAAAUCCAGAUGUUUUCUUGCCUGAAACAGAAGCAAUGCAAAAGCCCAGCUGAUGCUGGCUGCAGGAACAGCUCAGGGCUGGAGUUUGGUGCCUUUACUGACAGAAUCACUCCUUGUUCCACUGCAGUACUGCACCUCUGCACUUCAGCAACAGGUCUGGAUCUCCUGCAUAUUCUCAAGUUUAUCAGGGAUUGGAUUACUUUAAAAGAUCUGUUAAGAUUCAGUUUCCAAUCCCAGGUUCAGUUUAGCAGAAACUGUGUUUGCUCUUUGCCAACACCAAAAAUUGAGGGCUAAGAUUCUCCCUUUGGAGAAAUUCAGGUGUGCAAACCCAGAAGUAUUUAUUGUACCAUGGUCCAGUAAAAGAAUUAAAUAGUUACUGGUGUUCUACCCUUGGAUAAAGAACUUGGAAAAGAGAAUUUUAAUCCCUGGAAUGGACUUUGCCUUUAAAGAAGUCCUUGAAGCUGGGUAACAGCUCCUGAUGCAGCAGUUCUGUGAAAUCUGUCCCUGUCCCCUGUGCUUUUUAAUACCUGUACAAAGAUAAAGCCUUUUCUAAUUCCUGUACAAAGAUAAAGCCUUUUUUUAAUUCCUGUACAAAGAUAAAGCCUUUUUCAUCUCUGCAGCAGAUUAAUGCAGCCUUGGCUCAGUUCUGAGAUUUCUCAACUGCAGCUCCUUUCCUCCUCUGCAAGAGUCACAAAUUCCCUUCCUGCCCUGACAUCCCCAGGGAUGAAACUCCUGGGAUCACAUUCCAGGCAUGCAGGGACCUGAGGAUUUGCAGCAC